ACAAUGGCAUGUCAAUACGUCCGUAGCGUGAUCUCCUCGGUACAGAGGGUUGCCACAGCUAUAUCUCCAUCAGGGUUGAGCCCGACAGCGGGGCCAAAGGUGUCUCCAGUCUCUCCUGAAGCUCAAACGCUCGCACAUUGGAUAUGCCAGAGCUAUAGCUACCAUGUGGGAACUGAGUUGCUAAGAUCCGACUCCAUAGGCGGUGACUCAGUAUUGAAGACGCUUUGGCAUCAUCAGGAUGCCAUCUUAUGCUGCUCCUUGAAGGCUCAGCCAGUUUUUAUAUUCGCGAAUCAGGCUGGGCUCGACAUGCUAGAGACCACACUGGUUUCUCUGCAAGAUAUCGCGUUAGAUAAGAUAUUUGAUGACACCGGUCGCAAGGCAUUGUCCUCGGAAUUCUCUAAGAUCAUGCAAGAGGGAUUUGCUUACUUGCCUGGUGGCAUUUGCAUGUCGACGAUGGGGCGGCACAUCUCGUAUGAACAAGCCAUCGUGUGGAAGGUCUUUGCUGCAGAAGAGAACUCCUCCGUCCACUGCCUCGCACUCUCUUUUGUCAACUGGUCAUUCGUUUAAAUAUGUAAAUUCCCAGAUGAAAACUGAAAAUGGAGGAAUCAAAAAGUUUUGUGUCUGUUUCUGGUUUUUCUGCUAAUCUAUAUUUAUACAGUGUUCCAAAAUUGUGAUCCUUCAAUGUAAAUUCUUCUACUUUCUAUA